GCCCGUGGCGUCUCAUGGAAACUCGCGACAAAACACUCGUGCGCUCAAAGAUGGCGGAUGGGUCGCCCGAGGACCGUGCCGGCCCGAAACAAAUGAACGAUUUAACUUUUUCCGCGCCCGAUAAAGGACUUGGUGACACAAAAAAGUGCAGUGGCGAAACAUUUGACGGCGAUAGUGUAAAGUUAUCGUUCUACAGGGAACUGGAAACGAGUGAAUCGUGUGAGAAAAGUGAUACGCGCGGCGUGGCCGCUAAUCGCGCCGCGGUCGUCGGUUCGUAUUCCCGAAAAUCGUCUGAUGCGAGCACCGUGGACGGCGACGAUAGGAAGAAGAGAUGUCUGGACAGAUACGACAGCUCCGAGUCUUCUGACAGUGGUGUGGCGGUGCAUAGUCCGACGGAGAGCGGUGGAUGCAGCGGUAGCGACAUCACCGAGCCGCGCUCGCCGCGCAGCCCCGAGUCGGCGUGCAGCACCGCAGAGGACAGCGCGGGCGCGCGCAUGCCGCCGUGGGCGUGCGACCCGGCGCCGCCGGCCCCGCGACGCCUCGCGGCACAACCCGCGCCCGUGCGCCGCUCGCAGCCACCCAUACAUCGCCGCAUCACCGAGUACUUCAACCACAAGAUGAAGCCUCAGAACGGCGUCAAGCGCGACACCGCGGCCAACGAUGACACCAAGAAAAAGUGCCUACCUAAAAAUGGGGUCACGCAUGACCUAGAGAAAUAUAUUUCUUAUUUGUCACAGACUCUUAGUCCUAAAGUAUUAAUGGACGUCGGAAAGCAAAAUGAAGUCGCUAACCGAAAGUCAACAAACACUACCAUGAACGGCGCUAUUGACGCCACGAAAGCGGCAGAUCUCAGCAAACCAACGCCGAAUGGUAAUUUUAAUGGUAUGAAUGAUUUCGGUAGACCGAAAGAGAUGAUAGCAAAAAAUCAUACGAAUAUGAAUGGUUUCUUGGAAAUCCGAAACGGAACCGAAAGUUUUCCAAAAGCGAAGCAACCUGGAGGGCUUCUGAAAGACUUGAUAGAUGGUAAGAGACCGGGCCUUGAAAUAAAAACGUCGCAGGACCCAUCCGCCCAUGGAAUUUUAGCUAAUAAACAUACACCAGAGUUGGCUAGGCGUAAAGUUCCUAUACCUGCCUCCAGUGAUUUGGUGGGUAUGAGGAUUGCAGCCAACACUCCUGUAAGUCAAUCCCCUAAGAAAGUAACGAAGCCUGACAAAUCUAGAAAUGGUGUAGUCAGCUCCACAACUAAACUAGACAGCAGAAUGAAUGGAGUCACGUUUGGAUCUAAUAAUUUAAACUUAAAUCCCAUUACCAAGCCAACAAAAAAGGAGACGGUGAAGAAAACCACUCAACCCACGAAAAGAACAAAUCGAAAGUCAUCAGCGUGUAUUGCCAAUAGUAAAAACCUCACUUGGUCUAAAGCUAAUAAUUUAAAACAAGUGCAACUUCAACAGCAAAAUUGUACAAACAUUACUUCGAACUCCAGUAAUAAAAAUGGACCAGGUGAGGCAAGUCCUGCCCCGAAGAUGAACAUCCAAAAUGGCGUUCGGCAGAAUACAAUGAUGAAUGGUAACUUCACCAAUCUCAAUGCCCCUGUUACAAGUUAUCAAAACUGUCAUCAAAUUAACAUACCACAACCUUGUAACGGAACUGUAAAUCCUAACAACUUAACAUCAUUUGUUGCCGUUCCACAAAAUAUGAUGCUUACUGCGUUAAGGAUACCUCAGAACGGUUUAUCGGCACAAACACUGGGACAGCAAAAUAAUAUGGCAGCUUUCAACCGACCCAAUGUAAACGUCUCGAGCCCGACUAAACUAAACGGUCAGUUCGUUUUUCCACUCGUGCAGAACAUAAACGGAACGGUUGUUCAAAUACCAAAUCUAAUGACUAAGAUGCCUAACUUUAUGCUUCCUCAAACUCCACAGUUGACGACACAGAGACAGGACCAUUUACAAAACCAACAAGCGGCAUCGAUUCUCAUAAACGGUACUCUUUUGAAACUGGCUAACACUAUGACUUCGACAUAUCCGAAUGUAAACAAAAGUGAGCCGGUGACAAGUCAGCCAAUUCCAGUUAUGAAUAAAAACGUCACAGGAAUGCAAGCUGUCGGCAUGACAGUUCAAUCGAAACAGAAUUACGCUGUUAACUUUAGCCACCCCGUUCUUGUGCCGCAGCCUGGUUUUAUUGUCACAUCGGUGCCAAAUAUAAACGUGAAGGAAACGUGGAGUUAUACGAAUACGAAUACGGUGUCGUCCUCACAAACGACGUAUUCGAGUCAUUUAGUUCACCAUCCGCCGCCCAUCGUGCCGAACUAUACCACGGCCCAGGCGCUUCACACGAGUAGUAUACCCAUCGCACCAGUCAAACCACCGGACAACCCAAUUCAGGGCACAGAUCCACCCAGCAGCACUGUGAAGGAGCACGACCUAAUUGAGAUGACGCCCUCAAAGUGUGAUAUUCCGUGGCUGUCUAAAACGGUAAACAAUAACAUCUUCCCGUUACAACCAAAUAAAAAGAAUACGCGACCAUUUGCGGAAAUUAGUAGUAGUAUAUCGGAAAAGCUUGAAGAGUUAGCUACUAAGAAAGCGAAACACGAAGUCAAGGAGGAGAAAGAGGAAGAGUCGAGAGUGGACACGAGUAUUGAACUUCGAAAGAUCGAAGAGGUCGCCAGGCGGGAGGAAACACUGUUUACGCAGAUCACUGUUCUCAAAGACGUUUCGUCUGACGUCCACAAUACAUUGAUAGAAGCAAAUUUCUGUAGUACAACAACGGAGUCAGAGUCGGGUAUAGGGACGGACAAGUCUAUAGACUCGCCGAGUGACUCUCAAACUAGUAAAGAAUGUGAUGAAGAUUCGUCGUUGUCGUUGAGUAUAAGCGUGAGUUCUGUGGAGGCGCCGAGUCAGAAGAGUCCUAUUCUAAAGCAGCCGAAGACGCUGCGGUUUCCUCCGAAGAGUUUAACGAAGCCGAGCAGUGACAAGCGCACGUCCAGUACGGAUACAACGUCUACGGUCACCGUGUGUCUUUGGGAGAACUGCAAGCGGGAGUUCGACGGAGAUCCUGAUCUCUUGGAACAUUUGCAGAGCGUGCACGUAGAAACGCAAGCCGGCAAAGAGAACUACGUGUGCCUUUGGGAGCAGUGCAAGGUGCGAGGCAAGCCGUCAUGUUCCCGACUGUGGCUGGAGCGACAUACAUUGUCGCACGGCGGGAACAAACCUUUCAAAUGCAUCGUCGACGGCUGCGAGAGGCGCUUUUCCACUCAGACGUUAUUGGAGCGACACGUGAACAACCAUUUCAAUGAGGCGUCGCCCAACGCUGGCUCCGGGAAGAAAUCUGCCGAAGGCUCCGUCAAACUCAUUCGCAGAAACGGCAAGAAGCUGCGGUAUAGAAGACAACCAUGGUCUGCGCGCAUGUUCGACUUCUUCGACGCGGGCAUGAUGGAGGGUCUAGCGUGGCGACUGCUGCGGGCCACACGCUGGCGUCUGCGCGGCGCCUGCCCGCUGCGCGAGCCGCCCGGCCGACACACGCUGACCCUCCGAGCUUCACUCACGGCCACGCGGUGGAACGCCACGGAGCGGACUACAGAGGCGCUUGUGACAUAUUACCCGCCUCAUGUGCUGGAGGACGAGUGGGUGGCUGCGAGCGAGGUGCAGCGCGUGAAGCGCGUGGAGAUCGCCGCGCUGCCCGCCGCCGCCAAGGUGGCGCUGUACGAGCACUUCUGCCUCUCCUACCGCGGCCCCGCGCCGCCCGCGCCCGCCGCCUGCCCCGCGCCGCCCGCCCGCGCCCCGCGGCGCUGCGGCUCCGCGCGCAUGCUGGCGCAGCUGCUCCGCAAGCGCCGCGCCGCGCCCGCGCCGCUGCAGCCCGCCUGCCCGCCCGAGCCCGACAGCGUCGAGCCCGCCGAGCCCGAGCGGCCCAGCGGCGCCAAGAAACGCAAGAUGGGGCGACGCUACGGAGGCAACUCCUUCUGGCCCUGCGGACGAUAAACCCUCACGCACACGCAUCGUAUCGCAAGCGUACUCGAAACACUCUUCGUAUUGGAAACAUUGUUCAAAAUGUACGUGUAGGUCUCCGUCGGAGUGCGGUACGCUUCCGGUACGCGCCGUGUGCGGGGGCUAGCUGAGCGAUCCCGGCGCCACACUGCACUAGACAUGUUAUAUUGUAACUGCGGACCGACGGACGCUUCGGAACAUUGAGAUGAGUGAACGAUAGGAAAAUGAUGUAGAUGAAUUUAAUUUUAUGCGAAUGAAGAUAUGAAUUUGUUUAUGUGUGAUUAAUGGCAUUUUUAAUACAUUUUUACAUUCAAUAUCUUGUUUCCAAAGUGUCCGCCGGCCCGUAAACGUUAGUUGAAUGUAUGAAGUUAGUUCGAUCGCUUGGAUAUAUCAGCGGUGUGGCACCGAGCGAGACAGAUGUUGAUUCGCCGAUUGGCCGACGAUAUCCGUUAGGAAAAUUCUCGCCAAAGAUUGUUGGAGCCGCGUCGCGGUUUAGACUGCUACGGCAGAAAGUUAAAUUUUAUUCACAAGACUGAUGCUUUUUUAUAAUGAUAUUGAACGGUCGAAAUAUCGAGCCUUAACGCGUCCGUUCAUCGAUGUGGAGAGCGCGGCGCGAACAAACGUGUACAUAGUUAGUCGGAAGUGUAUAGUAAGUUCGUAUUCGAUGUAAGAUAGGCAUAGAUAAGACGUUAGUCUGAUAGCGUAAGUUAGCUUAAGAACGACCAGCGAUGCACAUCACUGCCAUUGUACAUAGUAGAGUAGUCACGUCGCAUGUGACAAGGGCUGUAUCCCACUAUUUCUAUUGAAUUUCUAUCGGUAGAUAUACUAGGACAGGUUCUCCCACUAAUUUACUCUGCCUAGGCUUGGUAUAGUCUUCCAGUGUACCCGGAGUAGGGUCCCAGUCCCGGUACGAGUGUAGGAGUAGUGGGCAGCAGCCGCGCCAAGUGCCUGCGAGUGUCGUCACCAGUUCGUGUUCAGAGCCGCGUACUCAUAUCAACUCGCAGUUAGCGUACGACGAACAAUUUUGAUAAUCGACGUUUUAUUCACCUUGUUGAGUUUUAUGACUAAGAAUCAACAACUGUCUGUAGUCUAAUAAUGUCACUGCCAUUCAAAGUUGUGUACAACUAGAUACUGUUAGCAAUAAAACUUUUGUGAUAAGAUACUGAUAACCGAUGUUCGUUUCCACGCACAAGAUUAGCCGUAUUUUUGUGUGAUACAUAAAUAUACAUUAACAAUAGUGUAGCAGUGAUUUUUAAAUAUAUAGAGUAAAUUUCUAAUUCAAUUUAUGAGAGGAUUUGUUUGUUGAGGGGACACGCGUUGUGCAACCUGAGUGCUCUUACUGCAAGAGUUUUUAUAAACACCUUUUUUAACACACAAUCGACGAAGGAAGUAAUUCUGGAUACAUGAAUACAAUUUGAUAUUGGUACAACUUUUUGAUAAAUUAAAGAGUUGACUAGAAUAGGACGUUGGUAAAUAUACCAUAAAUACUUUUACAUACUUAGUAAAUCAGCUCAUUGUUAUUCCACAAAUGGUUAUUGGAAAGUAAGAAAGCUCGUGUUGCACAGACGUGGUGUACAGUGUAGAGGAUUUAGUAAAGCUAUUGUGAAAGUAAUAAUUAUUGUAGUGGCGAAUGUUUUUAGAUCAUUGAAAUAAGGAGCCUUGAAAUGUUCAAUAUUAAUAAUUUAUCGUAAGUUAUGGUUAUGUCCCCAUAACCAAUAGAAAAGCAAUGUUGCAUCGUGUUCUUAAUAAUAUUAAACUUAUUAAUAACGAGUAAGCGAUUUUUGUAAAAGAAACACCAAAUGAAAUGUAAAGUAAGAUCGCGUAAGAAAGCUUGUGGUAGUUUCCAAUGAUCUAAGCGCAUUUAUAGGCAAGUCCGAGGAAUAGACUCCGAAUGAUAUACAGUAAGUAGUCGCUCAUACAGUAAACAUGCCAAUGAUAACGUCAAUAGCUGGAUUAGUACAGUUUAGAUUAAACGAACUUUUUGGAUGCCCCUAUACAGAAGUUGUCAGAUUAUUACUGCCUUUUAGCCAUAAGGGAUUAUACAAGUGAAUAUAAAAUUGUGUUCUGUGCUCACACGAUCUCGCUAGUAUUUUUUAGUUAGUGCCUAUAGUUAAGUUAGGACGAAUUGUGUGAACGUGGUGUGACCUUAACUGUAUAAACACCAUAACGUAUUUUUCAAACUAUCGCUUAUCGUAAACUGGAACGGAGAUUUUAUUAGAUUCAUUUAGUAGUGUAAUUCGGCCCCUAGAGUAAUAAUGUGAAUUGAACGUGAAGUAUAAUGUUUGGGAGCCUGAGGCUUGAGGCGGUCGGGACGCGCCGGCCACAGACGAGUUUAGGAAAAUUUCUCUAGUAGUCAAGUUGGUGCCUGAUUGUUCGCGUGUUUAGGGGAUCGUAAUGCUAACAUAUUAUACAGUUUAGACUUCCUUUUGGAGCAUUUCCAACGUACUGAUUAUUUUUUUAAUAAAUUUAAAAAAUUAGAGUAAUUAUUUUUUCAGCACUGAUCGUAGUGCCAUAUUUUAUUGGCUCGCUUUUUAAUAAAUUAUUUUUAUAGUGAAAUUCGACACCAAAAUCAGAAAGACAAAAUUAGUUUUUUGUUCUAUCCGUGUAACAAUAUGGACUUGAAUAUUUGAUCUCAGAAAUCGACAGUGUAUCAGAUUAUGAUGAGAAUGCAUGAGAGGAUCCUACGAGUUGCGUGUCGAGUGUGCUUCUUAGAGAACAUGUUAAGUGUCGCUCAAUUUAAAUUUAUUUUACUUACGAGAACAAAGUUUGACACAUAUACAAACAUACAUUUUGGCCUAUCAAAAUGCUUGAGUACAAAUUUCGUUUCGCUAUAUUUACGACGCAAUGAAAUGUCUAGUGUUUGGCAAAUAAUCGGACUAAAAUUAAAUUAACGUUAGAGUAUUGUUAGUGGUUCAGAAUGUUAGUCAGAGAUGAUAUUUUGUGAAGACGAGCCUCUUCGGACGAGGUGAUGAAAUUAUAUCUAAAUACAUGAUAAUAAUGGUAAGCUCGAAAAGAUACAAUAUAUUUUUAUCACUGCCACCAUAGUCAUAGUCGUGUUGAUGUGACAGUUGAGUUCGGUUUUGCAUGUCCGUGCAGCGAGCGUCUGUUCACUUAUUGCUCAGCGAAUAUAGAAUUUUAGUUAAAACCGCGGGCUCACUCGCAUGCAAAAUCUUUUUGUUACGUGACAGAGUAUUCAACGGGGAACAAUGGUAGUCGUUGCCAAUUUUAUUUAAGCCCUAUAGUUUGACGAGCAUUAUGUUGUGUGGCGCGUCCACUGGAGUUAUGUGAAGGCGUGAAACACAUUACAGCCGUCUGCAGACGCGCUUGUACGACGAUGUAAAGUUCGCGGCGGGAUUAUAAAAACACCAUCUUCAAUCACAGCCGUGUCGUUGGAAAUUGUGGUUUUUAAUCCGUCUGCCGCACUCUCAAGGAAUGUAAAUAGUUAAGUAUUUAUUAUUAAGUAUUAUUCUGCAUAGUACUGUAAUUUGCUUCGCGCCUGGUUGGGCCUUGGGGAGGGAGGGCGGCGGGCCCGGGCUGGCUGGUCGGGCCGCAGUGUCAGGCCCGGGCCGGGGUCUCGGGCUCGCCGCGGGUAGUAUAGUGGUAAUGUUCGCGAGAUGUCUUUCAAACACGUUUCCUAUAUUAUGCGUUUAUUAUAUGAAUGUUCUCCUUUAUUGUAAAUGUUUGAAUACAAUAGUAACUAUGUGGAGCCUGUGUAUUCCAAAUAGUGUGCACUACUUAUUCAAUUUGUAGAUAUUUAAUUAUAUAUAGUAUAAAGUUUAAUGCGUUGUCUUAUUUGCUUAUACCCUAUGGUGAAAUCGGUGAAAUUAAUUAUAAUUUUGAACCCACGAGCUGAUGGGUAAUCUACCUCAAUUAAUUUAUCACACAUUUGGGCAUAAUAAUAGUGAAUGUUAAUUUAAAUUUGAAAUUUGUUCAAUGUAGUGAUUAUUAAGAUUUUUUUCAAAUAAAAUGGUUUGUCCACCUGUCACAAGUACUGUAUCUUAUAUUAAAUACAUAUUGUAUGAUUGAUAA